AUGCGCGCCGCCGCCCAAGCCCCCGCGCGCGCCCCCGUCCACGCCGCGUCCGUGCCGCCGUCGCUCCCGGCGCCCCGCGUCCCCGCCGCCGACUGGGCCCGCGCUACUGCGAAGGAUGGACGCCCGUACUGGUACUCGCUGUCGACGGGCGAAACAUCGUGGGAGGAUCCCUCAUCCGCCGCGCCGCAAGCAGCCGCCGCUCCGCCCGCGAAGGAGCACAUUUCGCCGUGGCGCGAGACGCGCGCCGAGGAUGGCAGGGUGUACUAUUACAAUACCGAGACGAAAAAGACCCAAUGGGAACGGCCGGCGGACAUGCCGGGCGUGACGGCCGCGAAGGAGAAGGCAGAUGAAAAGGGAGAGGAACCGCAGCCGUUGCCGGAGGGCUGGGCGCAGAAUUCGGCAGCGGACGGACGCGUGUAUUACUACCAUGCGGCAACGAGAGAGACGAGGUGGGAUAGACCGACGGUAUCGGCGGAGGUGAGCCGGAAGCGGACGGCGUCGGAGAUUACGCCUGUGUCUACGCCAACUGUUGACGAUUGGAGGGAGCAUACAGCGCCAGAUGGUAGGACGUAUUAUUAUAACGCUAAGACAAGGGAAACAUCCUGGACAAAACCUGCGGGGCAUGGCGCCUCCGGGGAAAGGAAACGGCCACGCGUCGACAGGCAGCCGGUCACCGAUUUAAGGGAGGCUAUCGCGCGAUCGAGAGAGCGAAAAGAUGGGAAGAGCAAAGCAGAAAAGAAAGGAGACCACGUUACGAGACGACCACGAUCGCAGGAAGGGAAGACCCUCACGGACCAUCAAGCGGAGACCUACUUUCUCAAUCGGGCCAAGAUCAGGAAACAAUCCUCUGGUGGCAAGGAAGAUACAGACGGGGGCAAGGCUCCAGAGUUGAUGCAGUUAGAAACGUAUGAGCAGCGCGAGAACGUCUUUUUUGAAUUCCUCCGAGAGCGCGGUAUUAAUGAGAAGUCAACAUGGCUGGAGACUAUGAGUCGUUGCGCAGGUGAUCCACGAUACACGGUCAUUGAGCAGUACGGAUUUCGCAAACAUGCUUGGUUGAAAUGGACGCAAAAGUGCGCUAAGCAGGCGCGCCGCCAGUCGAUACUGAAGACACGAGCAAAGUCCGAGGCUCUGCUCACAUUGAUGGAAGAGGUUUUCGCGAAAGAACCGAUCGCUACUGUAAAAUUGGAACACUGCGAUCCAGAAAAAGUGAGAGUAUUUGAGCUAGACGAACGAUUCCGUGCUGUUGAUGAGCGUCAGCGCUCAUCUCUUGUGAAAAGUUUCUUUGGCAUUCGAGCAAGGAGUGGAGAGAGGGAACGUGCAAGACGUAGGAAGGAAUGUAUCGUGAGGAUGCGGACGGCACUCGACAAGAGGGUAGACCCAACUCUUUUGCCGCCCACCAGGGAGGUGAAAAAGCAAACAGACGGGGAUAAACCUUCUGAGGCAUCUGCCAUAAAGGACGCGUCAAAUGGUGAUAUUUCAGCUGAUGGGCAGUCCAGAAAGGAAGUCCAGGUUUUCUUCAAUGAUAGAACGCCAUAUCGAGAACUGGACAAAUUCUUGAAUUCCAUUCCAGGCUCUGAGACUGUCAGUAGCAGCGACAAAGCAGAUAUCACUCGGGACUGGCGAAGAGCAGUCGAACGGUGGGCCCACGAGAAAAGAGUACGUGAGCGGGAGGCACGACGGGCAUUGCAAAAGGAGCGGCGGGCGAAAUUCCGAAGCGGCGUUGAGAGAAUGAUCCUUGAUGGCAGGAUUCCCAUCGCAGCUCGAUGGAAGGAAGUGGCUGACCAAAUUGCAAGGGAAAGCUUUGCUGUUCCCGAGGACGAGCUGGACGCAAGACCUCCCGAUUUAUAUGCGGAUGCGCAAUCUUUGUUCGAGGAGAGGGUUGACAGGCAUCACGAAAAUUUCAAACGACUGAUUCGAGACGCGAAGAUAGACAUUCAAGAUGCUACCACAGUGGAGGAUCUGCAAAAGGUCCCAAGCCUAGACAAGCUCAUAGAAAGCCUUGACAGACCAGUUGUCGACGCUUUACUCGCUGAUAGGCAACGAAAAGAAAGCAAAAAGCGGCAAAAGGAACUGCGUGUUGCCACCGCAGACUUUGAAGACUUUCUGCAAAAGAACGAAAUAUCGGCAGAUAGUACAUUUGAAAUUGCUGCGGAAGUAUGGAAGAACAGAACAGCAUUUAAAUAUCUUCACUCAGUCGCUGGCGAAGACGCUGUGCGGAAAAUUUUCAACGAGUUCAUGGAAAGACGACGAGCUCGGGAAGAAAAGGCGAGAGAGCAUCAGAUUCGCUUGAAACGCAAGUUUGAAGAUCAAAAUGCGGGCCCUAAGUUCGACCAUGAGGCCCUUGCUGCACUCGAAAGGGCCAAGAGAAUCCGUUUACCGAGUGGUCCAGCACCAGCUGUUCCGAUCCCUUUCAGAGCGACUCCUAUGAAAGAAGAAAGCGGGUGGGAGGCGGCUCUCUCUUCGAAUCCGAUGACUGCAGAAGAGAAACUCGCCGCAAAAGAGAAAAGGAAACGAGAACUCUUACAAGGGUUAGGACCACACGAUUCGUGAUUUAAAGUGCAAACUAUGUUUUGAGGCUAUGUUGCUAGUCGUUGGUGUGUUGAUAUACCGCUUGCCUCAAUACACUUGAACGAGAUUCUUCAGUAUGGUGUCAGGGUAUGAUUGCGUCUUCCGUUUUAGAUGCAUGUAUCUGGGUUGCAGGGCUCCCGGGAACGGUCAUCUUAAUCGUCCGUCAAUGAAAGCCACACAAUUCUAAGAAGUUCCGUCCCUGGAUUGAAUAUUUCGAAAGAAGUGUGGCGCAUGAUGGCGAAGAAGUCUCCCUCAGCGAGCAUGAAACGCCUCCAGCCAAUCUCAAGUUGUAGGAUACCAUGACUAAUGCAGUAAAACUCAUCUCCCCUCAA